AUGCUGCGGGAUCAAGCUAACUUGGGUGGUGUAGAAUAUGCUCUGAACGCUGUCAACCAGGGUGUAACUGCCCUUGGAAUCAAAGCUACGAAUGGAGUGGUCCUAGCUACAGAGAAGAAGUCUACGAGUCCUCUUGUCGAUCCCCCCUCGCUCUCCAAAGUCUCCCUGAUCACCCCGGAUAUAGGCAUGGUCUACUCUGGAAUGGGCCCGGACUACCGCGUGCUCGUCGACAAGGCCCGCAAGACCUCCCACACAAACUACAAGCGCAUCUACAACGAAUACCCUCCCACCAGAAUACUUGUACAAGACGUUGCUCGAGUUGUACAGGAAGCUACCCAGUCUGGUGGUGUCCGGCCGUACGGCGUGAGCUUGCUCAUUGCUGGCUGGGAUGACGGUAUCGAGCCUGAGACCGCAGAAGCCAAGGAGGGAGAGACGGAUGCUGAGAAGAAGAAGGCGUCCGGCAAGACAGGAGGCAUUUUGAAGGGAGGGCCGAGCUUGUACCAGGUCGACCCCAGUGGAAGUUAUUUCCCAUGGAAGGCCACGGCCAUCGGGAAGAGCUCCACAAGUGCAAAGACCUUCCUCGAGAAGAGAUAUACUGAAGGUCUAGAAUUGGAGGACGCCGUACACAUCGCUCUCCUGACCCUAAAGGAGACGAUCGAAGGUGAAAUGAACGGUGAUACCAUUGAGAUUGGUAUUGUCGGACCUCCAGCACACCAUCUGCUCGGGUAUGAAGGCGUUGAGGGAGCCCGAGGCCCUCGGUUCAGAAAGCUCAGCAAGGAGGAGAUCGAAGACUACCUGACCAACCUAUGA